GAAGUAUUAAGACAAGUUCUGCCAUCUUAUUUCCCUCGGGGGUGAAAAUUCUUUGUCCAACACGAACUUGAGCAAAAAUGUCGAGUAUCAUAUUCAAUUUUCCCAACUUACCGCCUGCUUUGCAGCAGCAGAUCUUGGACGGGCCGGCUCUAGCACCGCCGGAUGGUGUAACCCCCGUUUUCAAGAACCCGCCGAAUCGGAAUGGUCAGGCUAUCGCCGUGCUUGUUGUGUGCUUGUUCCUCUCGACGAUGGCGGCCAUAGGACGUGCGUAUUCGCGAACCUUUGUCAUGAAGAGAGUACAAUUACAGGAUUACCUAGGUCUACUUGCAUUUGGUUCCUACGCAGUCCUAGCUUGGGUCUAUCUAGACUUCCUUCACAACGCAGGCUUUUUCGUGCAUCAGUGGAAUAUUCAACUGAAGGAUAUGGUCCACAUAGCCCCGGGUCUCACCUUCGGCCUCACUAUUUCCUACUCCGCAUCUCUGCUCUUCGCGAAAUCAGCUAUCUUGCUUGAGUGGGUCCGCAUCUUCUCGCCUCACCGCACCAACAGGGUCUUCUACUGGUGUAGUUAUCUGAUGAUCGUGCUCAACAUCCUCCUCUACAUAUCUAGCAUCAUCAGCUCAGCCAUCACCUGUAUCCCACACCAAAGCAUAUACUACCCUUGGAUUCCGGGAGUUUGUAUCAACCGGAAAGCACUCGGCCUCUUUACUGCCUUCUUCAACGUCAUCAUGGACUUACUCAUCUUGCUACUGCCUCAGCGGAUUAUCUGGACUUUGCAGAUGACUACUUCUCGCAAGGCUGGUAUCUCCUUGAUCUUCUCCGUUGGAGUUCUAGCCACCGUGUGCGCUAUUGGCCGUCUCGUCACAACAUUCCUCAUCGACUAUGAUGCCGACGCAACUUACACCGUGGCUCCUGUUAUACUCUGGACGUUUCCCGAGGUGACCUGCGUAUUGCUGGUCUUCUGUCUGCCCUCAUUACCCAAGAGCUUCGCAGAUCAAGGGCCCAUAUUCGAGGGGGUACAAAUGAUGCGCUCUUGGAUAAGCCUUUCAACACAGCGAAGUCAGAAGUCUAGUAUUCGUUCCAAAAAUCAGAGUGGAUGGUCUUCCACUGCCAGAAAGCAGCGCAAUGCGCAUGUGUAUGGUAUGACGGACGAAUAUGGCCCAGUCACCAGCCAAGCGGAACUGAAGCUUGUACGUGCCAAUUCUCGCAAAGGCAAUGAAGCAACUCAGGAUCAGCUUCCGCCCUUGCCAGGUCAGGCUCAGUAAAUCUGUCUUUAAGAUACGGUGAUAGUAACGACGACUGAGGUUUACAUCCAGAUAAAUUAGUGUUGUAUAUUAGGCAAGGACCAAGUUAUUAGGGGUUUUUUUAUUGAUUCACAAACGAGAAUCCGGGAAUAGGAUGGGAACGAAGGGUUUGUUUCUAUAAGUCGUAUAUUAGCUAUGUCUUAGGAGAGUUGUAACUUUGAGAAGAAAUUGAU